AUGAGUCGAAGGCUUAUCUCCCGAUCGAAUGGACUCGUCCGGGUAGCACCUGAAAACAUCCAUCGUGGAUUGACUCUCCCGAUCCGUCGUUCAGAGCGCGUCGAUCGAAAAGCUUAUGGGUCGAUUUCAUCAGCUUACUCUCAACCGGUCGAUGGGUUUACAGGUGCCAUUGGAAACACUCCGUUGAUACAUCUGAAAAGAUUGUCCGAGCAGACCGGGUGCGAAAUUUUUGGAAAGGCGGAAUUUCUAAAUCCUGGAGGAAGUGUCAAAGAUCGAGCAGCUCUCUGGAUCAUUAAAGACGCUGAAGAAAAGGGACUUUUGAAGCGCGGUGGAACUGUAGUCGAAGGGACAGCUGGAAAUACUGGGAUUGGCUUAGCACAUCUGUGCAGGAGCAGAGGAUAUCGAUGCAUAAUCUAUAUGCCAAACACCCAAAGCCCCGAAAAAAUUAAUGUUCUCAAGAAGUUGGGUGCUGAGGUUUACCCUGUUCCGGCGGUCCCAUUCGACGAUCCCCAGAAUUACAAUCAUCAGGCAGCUCGAUGUGCUGAAAGCAUGGAGAACGCAGUUUGGACUAACCAGUUCGAUAAUCUAGCGAAUCGACAAGCUCACAUUGAGACUACGGGGCCGGAAAUAUGGGAGCAGACACUACCAGUGGGUGGGAUAGAUGGAUUUAUUUGCUCGACGGGCACAGGCGGUACAUUAGCUGGAGUGACCAGAUACCUGAAAAGCAAAUCGGAUGGAAAAGUGAAAUGCUACCUGGCCGAUCCACCCGGAAGUGUAUUAUAUAACUAUAUCCAAUCCAACGGGAAAAUAACGGAUAAACGGGAAGGGAAUGGUGGGAGCGUCACCGAAGGGAUCGGUCAAGGUCGAAUCACCAACAAUUUAGCGCCAGAAAUCCGAGACAAUUUGAUCGAUGGCUCGUUUUAUAUCCCCGAUCAAGACUCGAUCAAGUUAUUUUUCGAAUUGAUCGAUCUCGAUGGGUUUAGCUUGGGGUUGAGUUCGGCUUUAAACUUACUCUCGACCGUCAAACUUGCCGAAAAACUCAAGCAAGAACAACAGCUCGCAAGUCAACAGUCCAAUCAUCCUGACGGCCAUCCCCAGAAGAAACUUAACUUGGUCACCAUCCUCUGUGAUUACUCGACUAAUUAUCAGUCAAAAUUGUUCUCCAAAUCUUGGCUGAAAUCUAAAGGGCUGUUUGAUUCAAUCCCUGAUCAUUUGAGACAAUAUGCUAUCCUCGAGUGAGGAAGGGGGCAAUUUACUUCUCUUUUCCGAUCAUAUUCACGAUACAUAUGGUCUGUCAUAUCUAUUCUCAAUAAAUGAGCCGUAGUCGUACCACCCGCAACGUCUCAGCAUGAGCUCAUAAGCCUGUAACGAGAGCAAUUUCAAGUAAAUCUAUCAACUAAAUAGCCAACCUGAUAUCACUGUUGUAUGUAUUCAUCUUGAUUAUCCUGUAGAAACUGGACUUUUUUCAUUUCUUGGAACUGUCAUCCCAUUCGUGGUUAUGCAUGCUAUUUUCAAUUUUGAUUCUCGUACAAAUCCUGGGACGCGGUUUGAAACUAGGAAACGCAACUUUCUUGAUGGCCG